AUGGGAGUUAACGGCAAAUUAGCCGCUGCGACUAAGGCGAGAAAAAGCAGCACCAGUGUCAAAAAGGAGGAGAUCGUACCCUACCAGCACGAAGGGGACGAUGAAACCAUGUCGUGGGCUGCAAAGAGACGGGAAGAGAAAGCCGAGAAGCGAGCAGAGGCCGCCGCCAUGAAAGCCGAGAAGCGAGCAGACGCCGCCGCCAGGAAAGCCGAGACCCGCCUACUAGCCAAACAAGAAGCCAAGCAACUUGAGAGAAGCAAAAUUAAGGUGACGGAGGCCGAACUGGAGCGGUCGAGGGAGAUGAAUUAUUUGGAGCUGAAGCAGCGCUCGCACGAGGACGAGAUGAAGCAAAGGCGCAUGGUCGACGAGAACGACUACCUUAAGAUUGUUACCAUGGCAAAUACGAAUCGUGAUGAUUCAGUUAUCGAGGGGAGGACGGUGGAGGAGGCUAUUGAACAGAUGAUGGUGGUGGAUAAGCUUCAUCAGAGGCAAAAUAGAUUGUUUAAGGUUUUUGAAGAUGCUGAGCUGGAGAGGUUGAAGGAAGAGAAACCGGGUCUUACCUUCGGACAGUACAAAGAUUUGAUUUCGGAGUCGUGGAAGAAAAUUAAUGUCAAGAAAGUAGUACCCCUGAUCGGAUGA